CUUUUUUAAAAAGUGAUUGUACAAGAAAAUACACAAAGUAUUUUCUAUUGAAUUAAAUAAUAAUGUUACAGAAUGAUAACUGAUGUCAAAAACCGAAACAUAUUGUCGUUUUGAUUGUUGACACGUAAGUAAUACGUAUCAAUCCAUUUUUCGUAAGUCAUACAUGACAAGAUAACGCGAAUUGUAUUUACAUUUGAAUUGGGGAAUUUAUUGUGAAAUGGAUUCAAUUAAUGAAAUCAUUGCAAGUCUAGAAGAAAAUCCACCAGAAGUUUUUCUAGAAGUAACAACGAUUUUAUUAAAUAUCAUAUCGAAUAUAUUAUCUGAUCAAAAUAACCUUACAUUACGUUCACUGAGCUUGAACAAUGACAUUUUUAAUAAAUUGUUGGUAGCAUGUGGCGCGAUGGAAUGUCUAUUUCAAAUUGGUUUUAUAGAGGAUGGUGAUAAAUUACGUUUACCAAACGAACAAUCUUUAGAUCCUAUGCGACAAAUGCAUAAACAAAUUAUAGAAAAACGAAAAUUAUAUUUAAGAAGAAAUUUACAAACAGUUCCGAAAAAAGAAGUUAAAAGCGCCACUGUACAACAAUUGAACCCAAAUAAUGAACUAUUGAUAGACAUUAAGAGGCGAAUUAAAUUUGCUCUAAAUUAUCAUAAUCCGUCAUUACUACAAGAAGCGAAAAAUGUAAUUCCAUUAGAGGUGUUAAAAUCUAAUGCAACGAAACGGGUAGAAGAAUUAAAAAGUUUGGAAACAGAAAAUGGUGACAAUAAGACUGAUGAUAUAAAUUACAAUGAUUGCUUUAUCUACGAAUUACUUAAAUGGUUUAAACAAACAUUUUUCACGUGGGUAGAUAAACCACCAUGUAAUUUUUGUCAUGGUAACACACGGACACAUUCACAAGAUUUACGGGAUGGUUUAAGAGUGGAGAUAUACAUUUGUGAUAAUUGCUUGAAAACGACAGAGUUUAUUCGUUAUAAUGAUCCUAGUAUAUUAUUGAAAACGAGACGUGGACGAUGUGGUGAAUGGGCUAAUGUUUUCACUUUAAUAUGCUGUGCACUAGGUUGGGAUUCACGUGUUGUCUUUGGAAGUGAUCAUUGUUGGACAGAGAUAUAUUUGGAUACAAAGAAACGUUGGGUUCAUUUAGAUCCAUGUGAAAUGGCAUACGAUACACCAUUAAUGUACGAGGUAGGAUGGAAACAAGAAUUAACAUACGUAUUUGCCUAUUCACCGAAUGAAGUUCAAGAUGUAACUUGGCGUUAUUCGAAAAAUCAUAAAAUAACAUUAUCACGUCGAAAAGAGUGUGAUGAAACAUUACUUGCAUUAAAUUUGGUAGAAUUACGAGCACAGCUACAGCGCAAUUUGCCUGAAUCAAAAAGAAAUUAUUUACAAAAGCGCACUUUGGAGGAAUUGAUUCAAAUGUUGCAGGAAAACAAAGUAUCUGAAGGAGAUACACAAGAAAGACAAUCCGGCUCAUUAUUAUGGAGGAUACAAAGAGGUGAAGCAAGUGUAAAUGCUGAUUUAAACAAACAAUACAAAUGGAAGCCAAAUAAGUUAAAAAAUAAUUGGUUGCAUGUUCGAUACAGUCCUGUUGCUAAUUCUUAUGAACAAGUUGAUCAAGAUGAUCAGACAAUUUUAGUAAAAUUAGAUGGUUGGCAAAAUGGAACAUUUAAAACAAAAUCCCUAUUUAUGAAAGAAGAGCAUGAUUGGAAAGUAGUUUAUUUAGCACGAAUUGAAAAUAAUGAUGAAGGAAGUGUCACUUGGUGUUUUUCAUCGGCAGAUGAAAAAGUAGUUAUCGACACAAUUGAAGUAAAAUUUUUCUAUCAAACAUUUGAAAAUGGUGAAGUUAUUUUGACAUUAUCGAAUGGUAAUAAUUCUGUAAUUUCACGAAUUCCAAAAGAUUCUACCUCGCAUUUUACAAGAGAAUUUUCCGAUUGUCAUGAAGUAUAUCUAACGGCAACUUUGAAAGGUGGCAAAGGUGAUGUAGCAUGGCAACAUGCACAAUUGUUUCGCCAAUCUUUAGACAAUAGAGAAUUUUAUCCAUUUUGUGUUCAAAUUAAAUUUAAACCUACCGAAUUGUUGUAG